UAUACAGUACACUCUCAAACGGUCACAUUCCAGUUUCCAUAAAUAUAAUUAUAUAAAAAACUUUUCUAUUUCAGUGUCAAAAAAAGAAAAAAAUUACAAUAUUACUAAAAUCUUCCCUUGAGUAUUAAGAUCAGAACCAAAAUAGAGCAAGAAACAAACCCAUCGAUGGAGGUCUCUGAGCAGUCCAAAGAUGACCAAUUUGAAGGAGAUGAAGACUACAGUGAAAGUGGAGGCUCCGACCCAGAUUCGGAUGAAGACCCUAGUUACAGCAUUCUUGAAGAAACCCAUGCCAAGUUCUCUAACCUCUCAAUCAAGAAGAAGAAAUCAAAGGCUCGGAUUGCUGAAGAUAUGAAUAUGGGUAGUAAGGGAGAUCCACAUGAGGUGGGGGUGGUUGCGCCAGAACUUGAUGAGGAAGACGUGAAAAGCUUUGAUAAAGUGCAAAAGAUCAUUGAAGCAGAUGGUCAGCUAGAGAAACUGAAAGUCGACCAGUGUAAGGUUUAUCUGAGGAAGAAUGGAUUGAGACUGACUGGCAAUAAAGAUACGCUCAUUCAGCGCAUUAAGGAGCAUAGAGAAAUUGUAAAUGGAGGGGAGAAGAAAUACCCUGUCUCUAGUUUUGUAUUGAAUUGUAAAGGUGAUGCAUGCACUGGUGAUGUUGUUAUGUUUGAGCAAAAUGUUUAUGAAAUGUUCAAUAUCGCAUCCCGAAGUGCCAGUGGUCCUCCUUGUGGCACAAGGAUUGUUGCAGGUCGCAUCGUGAAAGAAAGUUAUGGUGCUGCCAAGCAACAGCAUACUUUCACGAUAGAAGUACUCUGGAGCAAGGGAGAGAAGCCACUCCCUCCACUUCAUCCCCUCCUAAUUAAGGGUCGAAACCUUUACCGGUUGAAGACUUUGAGACAGAGAUGGGAAGAUGAAAGGGAGAGGCAGAAAGUUCUGAUGGACAAGCACUCCAGGGGGUCUUUCGCAAGAUCUGAUAGAGAAGCACGGAUCCAAGAGAAGGAAUUGAGGAAAGUGCUCAAGGCAACUAGGAUCUCAAGAAAGGAGGAGUCAAAUAGGAACCACUCUCAGUUCAAUUCAUCCUCAGCUGAUGCAAUCGAGCCGCUACAGUCAGGGAAACCUGCAGUUUCCCAGCAGCAGCUUGGUGUAUCAAUUUCUGGGAAACUAGCAAUGAGAUAUCAGCAGCCGGGGUUGUUCGGUGAUUUAGGAAAGCCAACGAUGCAAGCUCAACCAGCAGAUUUGUCUCUUGAACCAAGACAGGCGGCAAUACGACGUAAUUAUCACCACCAAUCUUCUCAGAACACAGUUGAGUGUAGGCGUGGUAGUAAUACAGAAAGAUUGUACAGUGGCUGUCAGGAGGUUCCUCACCUAAGAGGUAAUGAAUUUCAUGCACAUUACAAGCGGCCUAACUUUCACCACAAUGACCAUCGAGUUCCUGUUAAUAAAUAUCCAAAUAUUCACGCAACAAGAGGGUCAUCAGACAGGAUUUAUCAUAGACAGCCAUUGGCAAACAUGAAAUUCUUUCCGCCAACGAAUCCAUUGCCAAGGCAUGGCCACACGCAACCACAGCUGUGCCGAUAUUAUGCUCAAGGGAGGAGGUGCCAUUUUGGAGAUAAUUGCAAAUUUGCGCACGAAUCAAGAAGGAUAUUCCAGUGAUCAGAGGAAGUUAAGAAGAUGGGCUCACUGACAUAUUCACAAUAUUCAGUCCGAACCUCGGCGGUUUUGGUGGAAGCUUAUAGAUUAUUUUGUUCAACGAGUUCGUUGAAUGUUGUGUUUUCUUUAAAUGGUGGUACUUGGAAAUUAUCUUGUUCAAUGCAAAAAGUUUUGUUGAAUGCAUAUUUUCUUUUGAACAUUAUUGAUGAACGGACGGGCAAUGAUCAAAAUUCAAAUGCUGCUGCUACGCGAGACAAUGAUCAAAGAAGGCAGUACGUUAGGCUAGGCUAGGAGAUGGAGAAGGUUAAUUUGGU